UUGUAAUUAUUUUGAUAUGAAAAAAAAAGAAAAUUUUUAAAAGUAAUGCUGUACUAUAUUGUUAAUAGUUAUAAUUUAUUAUCAUUUAAUAAUUAUAAAAGUUUAUAAAUUUGUUAAAUUAAGUGUUUAAUAAAAAUGUCACGAAUUUUACUUAGAAAAUUUGUGAGACAAAUCAAAGGUGUCAAAUAUGUCAGUACUUGGUCUCCACUCGCUACUGCUUUUAAUUCAAAAGCAACACCGGAUUUAGAUUUAAAUAAUAAAACUAAAGCAACUGGAUUGUUUAAUAUUCCUGAAUUAGAGAAUGCAUCAGGUUUUGAGAUACUCAAAAAUUAUGCGAUAUCACAUUCAAAUAAACUUGUUGAGGAAGCAACAAGUCCUGAUCGUACAAGAAAAAUGGUUGAAAUUUUUGAUGAACUAUCAAAUACUUUGUGUCAAGUUGCAGAUAUGGCAGAAUUUAUAAGAUUGGCUCAUCCGGAUCAAGAGUUUUCAAAUUAUGCAGAAGAUGCAUGUUUGGCAAUUAGUAGUAUAGUUGAAAGAUUAAACACUGAUAGAAAUUUAUACGAUUCAUUGCAACGUGUUAUUAAAAAUGGCGAUAUACAUAAAACCACAGACAUUGAUAAUCAUGUAUCACAAUUAUUUUCAAUUGAUUUUGAACAAAGUGGUAUUCAUCUUCCAGAAGAACAAAGACAAGAAGUUGUUAAUCUUAACGAUUUUAUAUUACAAAUUGGUCAAAAAUUUACAUCGAGAGCCCUUACUCCAAGAUCAAUACGAAUAGAUCAAGUACCAACGAUAGCGAGAAAAUAUUUUAUUGCCGAAAAAGGUCAUGUUGUGAUUAAUGGUCAUUUUGCCGAGUCGCCAAGUCCAUUAAUACGUGAAGUAACUUAUAAAAUAUAUUUACAACCUGAUCGUAUUCAAGAACGAUUUUUAAGAGAUCUUUUAAAUUCAAGACAUAAACUUGGUGUAAUUUGUGGUUUUCCCUCUUACGCUCACAGAGCCGUUAAAGGAAGCACAAUGGAAACACCGGAAAAUGUAAAGGACUUUUUAAAUAUUUUAAAUGGAGAAUUAAAAGCAAGAGCAGCGAAGGAUUUUGAAUUUAUGCAAUCAAUGAAGAGCCAGAGUUUAAUAACUACUAUUAUGCCGUGGGAUACAACAUUCUUUACAUCGCAAGCGAGAAAUUCUUGGUUACAAAUGUCAACGACUGAUUAUUCACCAUAUUUUUCAUUAGGAGCGUGCAUGGAAGGUAUUAAUUUAAUAACUCAAGCUUUAUUUGGAGUUCGUUUAGAAGCGGAAUCAACACAACAAGGCGAAGUUUGGCAUGAUGAUGUUUAUAAAUUAGCUGUUAUUGAUGAAACAGAAGGAUUAUUGGGACAUAUUUAUUGUGAUUUAUUUGAACGUGAGGGUAAACCAAAUCAGGAUUGUCAUUUUACAAUUAGAGGAGGACGAGAAUUACCCGAUGGUUCUUAUCAGAAUCCAAUAGUGGUGAUAAUGAUAUCAUUGCCAGUGUCAAGAUGGUUAAAUCCAUGUUUAUUAUCGCCAUCGUCGAUGGAAAAUUUAUUUCACGAAAUGGGACACGCUUUACAUUCAAUGCUUGGUAGAACGAAAUAUCAACAUGUAACUGGAACUAGAUGUAGUACAGAUUUUGCCGAAGUUCCAAGUAUACUCAUGGAAUAUUUUGCUAGUGAUCCUCGGAUUGUAAAACUUUUUGCUAAACAUUUUCAAACACAAGAACCAAUUCCCGAGCAAUUAGUGGAAAAAUUGUUUGCCUCAAAAAGUGUUUUUCCAGCGUCGGAAAUGCAAAAUCAAGUUUUUUACAGUAUGCUCGAUCAAGUUUAUCAUAGCGAGGAAUUAAAGUGUGAUACAACGAGUAUUUUAGCUGAAAUACAAAAGGAUUAUUAUUCACUUUCUUAUAUUCAAAAUACGGCUUGGCAAUUAAGAUUUUCCCAUUUAGUUGGAUAUGGAGCGAAAUAUUAUUCUUAUUUAACUUCAAGAGCAAUUGCAUCAUGGAUUUGGCAAACCUAUUUUCAAAAUGAUCCCCUGAGCAGAUCGUCAGGUGAGAAAUAUCGUCGUGAAUGUUUGGCACAUGGCGGUGGUAAACCACCAUCGAAAUUAGUCUCUGAUUUUCUAAAUAAAGAAGCUAGUCCAUCGAAUUUUGCAAAAUCACUAUUAAAUGAAAUUGAUAUGAGAAAUGAAAAAGUUCACAUAAUGAGGAGACAAUUAAACUCGUAAAUAUUCUCGCCAAUUGUAAAUAGCGUCAUUUAAUAUUAUAUUUGUCGAUAAGGUAAAAAAAAAUUCCACGUUUAAAAAAACGUAUUCUUUUCUUAAAAAAAAAAAAGAAAACUAGAAAAAAAACGUAACAUCCAUUAUAAAUAAUCCAAUGGCCUGCACGACAAAGUAAAAAAAAAAUGAAACGGAUAAAUAAAAAUUGACAUGAAAACAAACAAAUUAGAAAUUUGUUGUUAAAGUCAUUGGAAUAUUUACAGAAAAAAAAAAGUUGUGUACAUAAAAUAGUUUAAAAGCAAAUAAAAAUCUAGGACUUUUUUAAAGUA